GCAAAGUCCAGGAAGAUUUUUCCAGGCAUUGGGAUGAAAAGGUAACGCUCUUCUCCGCAACAUCUUCCGAGCAGUGUGUGGUCUAAACGUCUAGUAGCACUGACCUGUCGAGAUGGCUGACAACAGAGAUAAAGCUACCGACCAAAUGAAGAUAUGGAAGGAGAACAGAGCUUCUCAGAGGCCAGACACACUGACCACAGGGGCUGGCCAUCCCAUUGGAGACAAGCUGAACUUGGAGACUGCAGGACCGAGGGGUCCUCUGCUGGUCCAAGAUGUGGUCUUCACGGAUGAGAUGGCCCACUUUGACCGGGAACGAAUCCCAGAGAGAGUGGUGCAUGCCAAAGGGGCGGGGGCGUUUGGCUACUUUGAGGUGACUCAUGACAUCACUCGCUACUGCAAGGCCAAGGUGUUUGAGCAUGUUGGCAAGACUACACCUGUUGCUGUCCGCUUCUCCACUGUGGCUGGUGAAUCAGGAUCAGCAGACACGGUGCGAGACCCCCGAGGCUUUGCAGUCAAGUUUUACUCUGAGGAGGGCAAUUGGGACCUUACAGGCAACAACACCCCCAUUUUCUUCAUCAGGGACGCCAUGCUGUUCCCGUCCUUCAUCCACUCCCAGAAGCGCAAUCCCCAAACCCACAUGAAAGACCCCGAUAUGGUGUGGGACUUCUGGAGCCUGAGGCCUGAGAGUCUGCAUCAGGUGUCUUUCUUGUUCAGCGAUCGAGGUUUGCCUGAUGGCUUCCGUCACAUGAAUGGCUACGGCUCUCACACCUUCAAACUGGUCAAUGCCGACGGCAAGUGUUACUACUGCAAGUUCCACUUCAAGACUGAUCAAGGAAUAAAGAAUCUGCCAGUAGAGGAGGCUGAACGCCUGGCUGCCACCAACCCAGAUUACGCCAUUGGAGACCUGUUCAAUGCCAUUGCCAAUGGCAACUACCCUUCCUGGACCUUCUACAUCCAGGUCAUGACCUUCGAGCAAGCCGAGAAGUUCCAGUUCAACCCCUUUGAUCUUACCAAGGUUUGGUCACAUAAAGAAUACCCUUUGAUCCCCGUGGGCAAAAUGGUACUCAACAGGAACCCAGUCAACUACUUUGCAGAGGUGGAGCAGCUGGCCUUUGACCCCAGCAACAUGCCACCAGGCAUCGAGCCGAGCCCCGACAAGAUGCUGCAGGGUCGUCUCUUCUCCUAUCCAGACACACAUCGACACCGGCUGGGAGCCAACUACUUGCAGAUCCCUGUCAACUGCCCCUUCAGGGCCCGCGUAACCAACUACCAGCGUGAUGGUCCAAUGUGCAUGUCUGACAACCAAGGUGGAGCUCCAAACUACUAUCCCAACAGCUUCAGUGCCCCAGAGACCCAGCCUCAGUGUGUGGAGUCCAAGUUCAAGGUGUCUCCAGAUGUGGCACGUUACAACAGUGCAGAUGAAGAUAAUUUCACACAGGUUCGUACCUUCUACACCCAGGUGCUGAACGAAGAGGAGCGCCAGAGACUUUGCCAGAACUUGGCAGGGGCCCUGAAGGGAGCCCAGCUCUUCAUCCAAAAACGCAUGGUCGAGAAAUUGAAGGCUGUCCAUCCAGACUAUGGAAACCAGGUUCAGACCCUUCUCAACAAGUACAAUGCAGAGGCCCAGAAGAACACAACUGUGCAUGUUUACAGCCGUCCAGGAGCCUCAGCCAGCGCCGCAUCCUCCAAGAUGUGAUGCCUUAAAUUUCCACCGCAGGCAGCCCCUUCCUUUAUCUCAGAGCAAAUACCAUUAUUGAUUACCAACUGCUACUACCAGUAACAAGAUUGGACUUAACGUUCCAUUUAGUGACAAGACUGACAAUACUAACAAUGCUGACAAUGUGUGUGUUGGGUCUCAUUUUUAAUUCAGUCAAUCCAGACUGUUGAUUUUCUUCAAAAUUCUCAAAGCUAGCAAUAUUCGGGAGGCUCUGAAUAUCUAUCCGAUAAAACCCUGUGAGGUAAAUCUUGACUGGAGAAAUUCACCAGGAUUUGUUUUGGGUUUUUUUUUCAAAUUAAAACAUAGACCACCAUGGUAUCUAAUUUUGAGUGAUGACUGUUUGAUUAUACCAAAAACAUGCCAAAUUUGAGUGCUUGACUUUUACCACAUAAAGCCUUGAAAGAAAUUUAAAAGUAAUUUAUUUUAUUUGCAUUCUGAUUUCGAUUAUCAUUUAUAACCAACUGCUGUUAAGUACAAUAAAGAGAGACGAUUGUUUCCAAUAAUUCCUCAGGUUGUAUGUGUACUACUGUGUUGUGAUGAUCCAACUCUUUAAGCUAAAGUUUAAAGAAAACAAAUCCAGCUGUUCAAAAUGUCUGUCAACAUUCAAAUAACAAGAUUGGAGAAAAAAAAAUGUAUGUCUGACACAUAAUGCAUGAGUUGUCCAUCUGAGUUCAAGUUGGAAAAAUACCUUGAUUUGCUUUGCAGAAUUGGCUUGUGGCUUUGCUAAUGGCAGUGUUUUUGUUUUCAAUAUGGACAAUGAUCAGCUUUGUUUAGUUUUCCUCAUGCUGACUGAACCACUGACAAUAUGAAUGCACCAUAGACAGUAAUUAUGGAAAACAGUAUAUUUGAUUUUAGAUGAGUAGAAAUUGCAAUGAGAAACCCUUUGCCAGUCUUACUAUUAGUUGUUUCCUUGUUGGUGUCUGCAUAUCUCAUCAGAUAUGCAAUUCAUGAAGAGCAAGAUGAGUAAUUAUUUUCACUACAACUAAAAGUAUAGUGCUCAAUCUGUAGAAAGAGACUACACAUUAGUGCCAUUACUAACAUAAUGGUUAAAGAUGUAAAUUGGUGGGAAAUCUACAUUAACUAGUAAGUUCUGACCUGAAAUGGUAUUAAAUUAAAUUAAUAACUGUCCAAACAUCCCCCCCCCCAGUUGUGGUUUUCUUAAACUGCACAUUGCAUAAUCUUACACAUUUGAGGAGCCUGAUUAUGUCAGACUCAUCAGAGUUCAAGUUUAAAGAUCAUGUUGGUCACUUUCCUGGGAAGAGACCCCAAAGAUCUCCAACAGGAUGCAAACAAUCAAAUGUAUCACUGUUUGCUAUGAAUUGUCCAUGUAACCUGCUAUUGUUGUGUAUUUGUAAACUCUUAAAUGUUCUCAAAAAAUGAUUUUUUUUUAAUAAGUUGUGAACUGCUUUCAGAUGAGAUAUGUAUUUAGUGCCUUUAUUAAUUAUUUUGUAAUCAAAGCUUGUCUGCAGCUUUCA